GCGCGUGUGUUCGCGUUAGUACCAAGUGCGAUUGUACUCCCUCGGCCACCGUACUGUAAACACGUGAAGCCGUUCUGUUUCUCUGUUGUAAGUUUGUAAGUUACUGCUUAAAUACACACUGUAACGGCGUCGAUCAUUGGUUAGAUCUGUUAUCAUGAGUGACAGCGACGACGAUGUGCCAAGUUCUGCGUUGGUGCUGUAGAGGAAGACUGGCGCAUGAGUCAGUUCUGGUCCAGUGAAGACACGGCUAUACGGUUAGCAGAGGAAGUCAUGCAGCAGGCUGGAGAACAUGGGAGGAUAGCUUGUAUAAGUGCACCAAGUGUGUAUCAGAAGCUGAAACAGUUGGAAUCCACGAGGUCAGACAGUGUGUCUGCUGUUUUGCUGGAGUUUGACCGACGUUUCGCAGCAUAUGGAGAGGAGUUUGUCUUUUAUGAUUACAACAACCCUCUGUGCCUGCCUGAGGGUCUGCUUCCUCAGAGCUUUGACAUUGUCAUCGCAGACCCUCCGUAUCUGUCUGAAGAGUGUCUCAGCAAGGUGCUCCUCACCAUUAAAUACCUCACUAAGGGUAAAAUCCUGCUCUGCACAGGAGCUAUUAUGGAGGAGCUUGCUGGGAAACUUAUGGAUUUGAAGAUAUGCAGUUUUUUACCAAAACACAAUCACAAUCUGGCCAAUGAGUUCCGCUGCUAUGUUAACUAUGAAUCAAGCCUUCUCUCAUGAAAAAGGCUUUCAAUCUGACAACAUUUGAACAUUGUUUUUUCCUAUUAAACAUCAGCAGAUGAUUAUUUGGAACAAUAAAUACUCUCUCUCCAAGAGGUGCAUAGCAGGAUCCAGAUAUUAGAGCAGAGGAUUUGGCCCUUCAUCAGAGAUCUGCGAUCAGUCUUUGAUUAUACUUUGG